GUCGCGAGGAGCAGAGACGGAGCAGAGCGCGAGAUGCUUCUGACACAUUCCUGAAAGAUGUGCAAAAUGGCGCAAGUGUGCCGGAGUCCAAAAAGCCAGCGACUGUAGUUUGGAUAAAGAGGAGCUGACCGCUGCUUUUCCCGUCUUGUUUUAGCUAUCGCCUUACCUCGCUUUUUAUGUGUCUCGUCUAUAUUUCAAUUUGAUUAAAUGGCUUCCCGGCAGAGGUGCCCGCAGGCUACGCGUUCAUUUGGAAUACUCCUGCUCGCUUUUGUCGGUGUGACAUCAGGGGCCGAGCUGUCAUUCACUCUGGAACCCAGUGACAUCAUCGCCGUGCAGGAACAACCCCUCAUGCUACACUGUCAGGUGGAGGGAAUUCCACCCAUCACCACUCAGUGGAGGCACAACGGUGUGCAGAUUUUGGAGGACCAGAACUACAUCAUGUUUCCUAACGGUUCGCUUCUGAUUGGUCACUUCCAGAAGACCAAGUCUGACGGCACGUCCGAUGAGGGAGAUUAUGAGUGCAUGGCCCACAAUUUCUUCGGGCUGGUCUUGAGCCGCAAAGCCAGGGUGCAAGCUGCUACAAUGGCAGAUUUUCACAUACAGCCACGUUCAGUGCGUGCAGAGCUAGGAGGCGUUGGUCGAUUUCAGUGCCAAAUCAAUGGGAUGCCUGAGCCAGUCAUCAGCUGGGAAAAAGACAGCCGAGCCGUGGACACUUCUGAUGACAGAUAUACUUUGCUGCCAACGGGCGUGUUGCAGAUAACAGGUGUACGCCCCAAGGACAGUGGAGUUUACUGCUGUGUGGCCCACAACAGUGCUGGUGUCAAACACAGCACAGGAGCACAGCUUACAGUCUCAGGAUCUGAGUCAUCUGUUUACAAAGAACCCAUGAUCCUCGUGGGUCCUGAAAACCUGACCCUCACUGUUCACCAGACCGCCAUCUUUGAGUGCGUCGCCACAGGUUACCCUCGCCCAAUUGUUUCAUGGAGCAGACUAGAUGGCCGACCAAUAGGAGUUGAGGGUAUCCAGGUGCUGGGCACUGGAAACCUGAUGAUCUCUGAUGUCAGAGUUCAGCAUUCUGGUGUCUAUGUCUGUGCGGCUAACAAACCAGGAACCCGCGUGCGCAGAACUGCUCAGGGACGUCUAGUUGUGCAAGCCCCUGCAGAGUUUGUUCAGGCCCCUCAGUCUAUUGCUCGACCAGUGGGGACAACUGCCAUUUUCACAUGUCUAACCCAGGGCGAGCCUGUCCCCCAGAUCACCUGGCUAAAAAAUGGAGAGGUCCUAGAGCCUGACGGCCAUAUCAAACUUCGGAAUAACAACAGUUCUCUGACCAUCUAUGGUGUAACCCCGGAGGAUGAGGCAAUAUAUCAAUGCAUUGCAGAGAACAGCGCAGGCUCCACACAAGCCAGCGCUCGUUUGACUGUGCUGUGGGCGGACGGGUUGCCGGGAGUGCCCACGGAGGUACAUGCAGACGCCCUUUCCCCAUCCUCCAUUCAGGUGUCCUGGAAGGAGCCCACCCAAAACACUCAGGACAUUAUUGGAUAUGUGCUUCAUAUCCGCAAGACAGCUGACCCGAUGGAGAUGGAGUACCAGGAGGCUGUGAGUAAAACCACCCUGCAGCAGGUGAUUGGAGAUCUGGAAACUUCAACCAGCUACAGCUUCUAUGUGAAAGCUUACACGUCCCGUGGAGCCAGCAAAGCCUCUGAGAGCGCUGUGGAGAGCACCCUAGGAGAAGUUCCUGCCCCGCCGGCGCUGUUCACGAGGGUGAUUAAUUCUACGGUGGUUCAGGCCACAUGGGAGCCCUCUGCUAAGAUGGGCCAGCAGGAAGGAUUCAUCCUCUACUACCGUAAGGUCCCCGUUCCCCUCUUCACGGGACCACUGACCUUUGCACGGAAUGUGACUCAAUACAACAUUACUCAGCUGGACCCAUCAUUUAUUUAUGAAAUUAAGAUUCUUGCUUUCAACCAGCAUGGAAAGGGCAAUGCCACCUUGCGUUUCGUGUCUCUCAAGGAGUCGUUGGAGAAAUCAGUGCUGAAUACUCCUUGUGACUGUGUAAAAGACGAACAGAGUAAGAGCUCCACCACGGGCAUCAUCAUCGGCAUCCACAUCGGAGUAACCUGCAUUAUCUUCUGUCUACUCUUUCUCAUGUUCAGCUACAGAGGAAGGUUGAUGAUGUGUAAAACUGUUCAGGCCACCAGACAGGUGGGCCGUAACCCAGCAGCGGGAGCUGUGCUGGAGUCCUCCUCCUCCUCACAGGCAGCUCUGGCCCUGAACGGCCCCCACAGGUUCAGCGCAGAGGGGAAUGGAGGACCUCACACGGCGAAGAAUUACAUCGACUCCAAUGAGAUGGAGAGGCUCUUUCCAGGUCCGUCCCACUUCACCCAUCCACCUGAUGCCACCCACAUGAUUGAGAGCUCCCUGGUGUCCUGUUCAUUCAAUGAUACUCAGAUGUCCACGCUUCCCCUGGAUGACUUAAGACUCAUAGAGGAGUGUGAAGUGCAGUUCCAGCAGCGUCCAGCAGAGGAUGAAAGCUGAUGAUGAGACUUCCUCUAUCCUCCACUAAGACUCCUGUCCAACUCAGGUCAACUGAAGUAUUCAACUUUAUCAUUUCUGUGCAAAGAUUAUAUUAUUUGUAUAUUACAUUCCCUUUGCGGGAAUCACUGGACAGUAGAAUGCUGGGGUCCAUCUGUCCUCCUUAGUGGGUGAAGGAAAGUUAUUAUUCCUCCUGGGUAGGUAAACAAAAUAAUAUGUUAUUUUAGUUACGUUUGGCAGUGUGCCGAAACUUUCAGUAUUUUAACCACAUUUCAGUUUUUUAACACGUUCAAUGACCUGGUGCCUGCUAUCAGCCUACCAAUUGUUUCGAAUUCAGAGACCACCUACCAGGGAUUAUUCUCAGGAUUUUUGUUUUCAGUGAUAUCAAUGUUUUUUUAUUAGGUUUUAGCCUUUAUAAAGACUUUAGAGUUGGCUAUGUGAACCUUAGAACUUGUGACAAAAAACUCUACCUCAGCUGGAAUGAAUGUGUUUAAGGAAGUCUCUGAGAUCUGCAUCUUGCUGUCUGUUCUGUUUCUACACAUCAAGCGUUCAGUCGAAAUGAAAAAGGUGCUUCUCUACCUCGGAUUUCAAGGAUUGCCGCUCUCCUGCUCUCUACGGGCAAACCACGAAAAAAAUCCAACGUAUAGCACUUCCAAAUGUUAAAGUCAAUGUUCUACCUCUAAAUAACUUUGUUGUUUUUGUCAUUGUGGUUCUUCUCUUAAAUUGAAACGGAGCUUCUGUUCGUGAGAUCCUGGCUUCACCAUGUUGAUGAAUUGCUGUUUUGAUAUGUCAGUACCUCAUGCCAAUUGACAAAUUACACUGUUGUAUGAAUUUUGCUUGUAAAGAUCUCCUAGUAUUCACGUAGGAUUGUUUUUUGUUCCUUUUGUUUGUUCCUUAACAGAGUAUUUUUAUUUUUAUUGUAGUCGACUUGGAAAGACUUUAUAAGAAAAACUGCACUGUUAUGACUUCAGGAUAAAAUUGUGGCUCUCAGAAACAACUUGUUAAAGUUGGGAGAAGACAGGUAACCAUGCUGGACAAAGCUAUACAAAUGAUGUCCAUGGGUAUUUGAAUGGUUCGGUUUCACGUGUUUGCAUGUUUUGUGAAAAAAACUAAUAGGCGUGCAAAUAUACUCAUAUAUGAAACAUUCUGUUCGGAUUUAAGUACAUAUGCUGUUUCUGUGGGUGCUGAUAUAUUAGUAAACUUAAUUGUUGCCGGUCUGGGAUAAUCAGUCACUGUUGAUACACAUAUCGCACAUUUUGAUAUUUCAUCAUAGUUGUGACUUCAGAAGUUGUGAUUUGAACUCUCCAGCAACUUUAUAAACGAAACAAUGUGGUCCGAUGUGAUGCACCUGCUGCAUGUUAUGAAUUGCACAAACAGCCGAACAUAUAAGCGUCACUAUGGAAAGAAUGAGCAUUCUGGUAUUCUUCGACCCAACAUUCCUUUAGGAGCCAAAGUCAGACACUGAAGACUCUUAAGGCGUCUGUGUGGAGUUGUACAUCACACACAUAAAUCGUAUACCCCUCCUUCCCAUCUUUUAGUUCCAUGCUGAUCAGGGCGCACAAAGUGCAUCAGUUAUAUUGUGCUGUACGCACAUAACCACACAUUCAUAAUUUAGCAGAAUACAAGUAAAGGGGGACUUCUGAGCUGGUCUGCUCGUCUCUUCACGUGUCAAAGUGUCUGGCCUGCUUUUGAAACACCCUUCAAUUGGUGUUCACUGUGUGCUCAGCCACCCAAUCCAAGACCAGCUGUUUCAAAGUACCAGCAAGAUUUUCUGUCUCCUCUGAUGUCCCAUAUGGUGCAUAUAUAUUUUCUUAGUUACCUACCUCAACACAGCAGCCAUGCUCUCAGGUCACUCCUGCUCGUAUGGGGAGAUUGUUAUUUAUGUAUAGUACAAACACAUAUUCAUGCGCACACAUAAUGUACAUACACCCAUCAGUAGCGAACAUCUCUCAGUAAGAUAAAAGCAGAAAUGCAUUAGCUUUUCAUACUCUUUGCUUUUAUGACGUGAUUUUAGUCCCCUGCGUGGGUUUCUCUAUUAGAUUGUUCUAUUGAGUUGAAUCCACCUUGAUCAGAUGUGUGAGACUUACAGGCUUGUGUCUGACUUCAACAUCAGUACCUGAAUCCAUAUUCUCUAUUUGCCACCAUAACAAUGUACAGUAUAUGAUCGCCAUUAUUGUCAGUGUAUGUGUGGAUAAUGAGUCACAUUUGCAUAUUUCAUAAUGCCCAGAAAUUCUGUAAUCAAUCCUUUUUUUAGGAAUUGACAAAGUAAGGCUAGAUAAUCAAUCGGUUGUUUAUAUACCACAUGUUCCUGUGACUACAUGAUCCCAUUAGAAGUGCACAGUAUAUAACAGUGAAGAAAUGUGUCAAACAAUGUGCUGUAUAUUUAUUGUAAUGAAUGCAUAUUGUGGAUGCUUCUGUGUUGUCUGUAUACAGAUACGCGCUCAACUCUUUGGCUGUGUUUAAUAGAAGUAAUUGAACAACGGAAGGUAUGUGUUACGCUGUGCUGUUGAAGUUUCUAUGAAAUAUCUAUUGUACAGUUUUUGUGCUCUUGACAUUCUUGUAAUAUGAAUAUUAUAAGAAGAACUGAGUUGUGUAAUGCAAUACAAUUGUCAAUGCUGUUACAAAAAUGUCAUCCGCAGGUUAAUGCACUUGUUGUUUUCUGGUGGAUUUUCUGGUGGUGUGUCGUUUGUUUGUCUCUGAAGCGCCUAUAGGCACUUCGGCAAAAUUCAGUGCUGUGUUUGAAAACAGUGUUUUGCCAAGCUUAAGUAGAAAAACACUUGUACAGAAUGUAUUAGAUGCCAAAAUGUGGAAAUCUGUGUUUUAUGACAAAUUGGUUGGUUUGUAUUACGGUAGCCCUGUUUGGCCAUAAACAGGUGUUAAUUUCAGAUUUGUGUUUAUCAAAUGUCAGAUUUAUCAGUCACCUUACACAUUACAUUUGUCCAAUAUCAAUUCUCUCUGUUUUCCAAAGAAAAACUAUUCUCUAGUGAACUUCCAUGUGUCUCUUACUCUGUGGCGCAUUCCUUCCCCCUUCAGUCCCUUUAAAGGGAGAUUCAGCACUUAUCAGCUUUUAAAAUCUAGACGUCUUAUAAAGAAAAAAACCUGUUUCACAUGCAUUGAACAUGUGAGGAUAACCAUCAUCAUGAAAAGUUACUGUGAUAAAGCAUGAGGUCCCCAGGCUCUCUGCUCGCAACACUUGUUUCUCUUUGUUUACUUCAAUAUGUUGUGUAUAGUUUUUAGUUUGGAGUGUGAAAAGAACAAAAACCUCUCACACACACACGCAUACAUGCGUGCGCUGUCGCAUCCCUGUAAAGAAAGACAUGUUUGUGUCAGCAUUAGUCCUGCAUCCCAGCUUUCCCCAGGGAAACUCGUUGCUGAAGCAUUAACAUGCAGCAGCCCCGGCUCCCAGCAACGCUAUGGCAACACUGACCUAUUCAGAGCAGCAGAAAGUUCAAACUUUGAAUGUGUAAAACAAACACGGUUUUGUGUGACAUAAUAUGCACCAGUUUUAGUCUGUUAAGCCCCUUUCAGGACAGGGAUUAAAGGGGUGAGCGUUUUUAUCCUUCACUAGGAGGUGAAGCAACAGCAGCAUGAGUGAGAAGAGUUUAUCACUCUGUUUCACAAGUUAACACAAACACACAAUGGUUCAAAACAGUUUGAUGCUUUUCACCUCGUAGUGCAGUCUACCUCGCUCACAAAUGUCAAGUCUGAUGGGUCAGCUUGCACAGCACAAGCAACUGAAUAGAUGAAUAGAUGAACUCUUGAAUACUGUAAAGAACACGAUUCUACUGUGAAGAAUGAGAUUUUUUUAAAGGAAUAGAUCACCCAAAAAUGAAAAUUCUGUCAUCAUUUACUCACCCUCAAGUUGUUUUAAACCUGGAUGAAUUUCUUGGUUCUACUGAGCUGAAAAAAAGAUAUUUGGAAACAUGUUUGUAACCAAGCAGUUCUGGGGCACCACUGACUACCAUAGGAAAAAAACUACUACUAUGAAAGUCUGUGGUGCCCCAGAAAUGUUUGGUUUUCCACAUGCUUCAAAAUAUCUUCUUUUGUAUUCAACAAUGUAUAACUCGAGGAUGAGUAAAUGAUGACUGUCCUGAAGUCUGUCCCUGUAUUAAGGACUAGUCAUAUGUUGUAUUGUGCCAUUUACAGUGAAAUCUAACAGAAACCACUAAAUUACAGGGAAUGUUUUAGUAAUGACAAUUCAGAGGGGAUUCGCUUAACUGUUGUGAAAGGAAUGUCACACAAAAAGAAAAUUGACUGAUCCUAAAAGUCAUUAGGCAGAAAAAUCUGGCCAAUCACCAUGUGAAAAUCUGGUGCUAUUUUGAAAAAUAAAAUUGCUUUCAUUAAAAAUAUUUUCAUCUUAAGUUGUAUGGCUGGAUCUCUGGAAUGCUGUCAAAUACAACAAAUUCUUAAGAGGCUAGCAGGCUGGAUGGGUUUUAACAAAAACACCUAAUAUUACUGUUGGUUGUUGUCUAAAUCCUGUAUUAAAGGUGUGACUAUUUAUCAUGUCUCUUCCUGGUAUCCUAAUAAAGAAAGUAACUGGGUAUACUUUGGCUAUAAGUGAAAGAUUCUGACAUUCCAAAGAGAUUUUAUGAGACAACUGAUGCAGACCAUAUGCUAUGAAUAAUCCCUCGAAGUGAAUAAUUUAAGAUAUAAAUCUUUAUUUACAUUGCUGCAUGCUGACCUUCUUAGCUUCCAUUCUGUAUUACUGUCCAUUUGUUGGUUUUAACAAGCAAAGAGAAUUUGUUGUGUUUGGUAAAUGACAGCAUGACAAAGAUACAAUCCGUAGCGCUUAAGGUGAAAAAGCCUUGAAUGUUUGUCAGUUGUUUCAAUUACAUGGAUAAAAACAUUUUUGUUUACGUCAGUUAGGAAGCACAACAUGUUAAAAAGCCUUGACUGGUGUUUACCAUUUCUGGAUUGAAGUCUUUGUUCUGUCUGAUUUGAUUCUUCAACUGUAUCGCAGUUUUUCUUUUGUUAUCUGUAAUGAUGACUAUCACUUCUGUAAAACUGUGUUCGUGGCUAAAGCCCUUGUCAUACAAUAUAUUGUUUAAUUUCCUUACUGUAUGGUGCUAUUUCUGUCACGUCUGUGUACUACGAGUGAAGGUUCAUACGUUUGUAUAUCCAACACCUCUUCUGCUAAACAGUGAAUACCUCUAGUUAUAUCGCAUCUGAAAUGAAAAGCUUCAAAGACUCACUGUCAAAAUGUUUCAUGUUCAUUUUUGAAAAUCUGGGAAAUGAUGCAUUAAUCUCUCAUUUUGCAAACUGUAUUUGUGUACAGCUAUUUAAUAACUUUAUACACCCUUAGAGAAUUACAUAAUUAUGGAAAUAUAUCACGCUUAAGUACCACACAUUGUUUAAAGUCUGCUGUACAAACGUUAAUUCUGAAGCACAGCAGGGGUGCUUGGGGAAAACUCAAGCCCUCGCUGUUAUGCUCUAUAUGGUUCAUCGAUGUGUCGUCAGCAGCACUGUUUCACCAUCCAGCCUCUGCCCCUCACAGAAUACAUUUAAGAGAAAGUGACGAUAGCACAAUAGUUUACUCUUUGCUGCCAGUGUGUGAGGUGUGUUUCCUCUUCACUUCCUCUCUGUAAUGCAGGUCCCCAUAAAAAAAAAAGAAUUCUCAGCAUUUGUCAAAGAACAAAUGAUUCUAGUUUGUUUUUUCCAAAUCUGAUGUCUGAACCGGUUUGAUCACAGCCGGUCACUGUUGUGUAUGUACAUAUAUGCAUAUAUUUGAAUGUGUAUAUGUAUAUUUAUAUAAAGACAGAAUAAUAGACCGUUUUUAGUGGUUUGUAUUGUUUGAAGGUUCAU